GGUUCGGGAUGUCGAAGACGCUGAAGAAGAAGAAGCACUGGCUCAGCAAGGUGCAGGAGUGCGCCGUGUCCUGGGCCGGGCCCCCGGGCGACUUCGGCGCGGAGAUCCGCGGUGGCGCGGAGCGUGGCGAGUUCCCCUACCUGGGGCGGCUCCGCGAGGAGCCCGGCGGGGGCACCUGCUGCGUCGUCUCGGGCAAGGUGCCCAGCCCAGGCGAUGUGCUGCUGGAGGUAAACGGGACGCCCGUCAGCGGGCUCACCAACCGGGACACCCUGGCUGUCAUCCGCCACUUCCGCGAGCCCAUCCGUCUCAAGACUGUGAAACCAGUUCAAAGCUGGAGACUGGAUACUGACAUGUUCUUGACCUUGUGUACAAGCUGAAAGCUGCUGAAAGCUACAGGCCAAUGGGGCUCUGCUUUACUUCUGCCUUCCAUAUCUUGUGUCCUGCAUCUUAAUGGCGGAAUCAGAUUUGCAUCCAGAAUACUAGCUAUAAAGGAGUCUGGAAAAGACAGUUUUUAGUUUUCCAACUUCUGCAUUUCAGGAAGGCAUACUACAAGGAGGAAGUCGCUGAGUGAUAGCUGAUCCUUUCCCAGGCAGUCAUCUUCUUAAACAUAGUAUAUUAAUUACAAUUUAGCCCAUUCUUGAUGACUCAUUGUCAUUUCUGUGAGCUUCUCUUUUCAUAAUGGCCUGUAGUUGGAAUAAUCAUAGGGCCAAGGGAUUUUAACAUCUGUAGUAACUUUUUGUCCUAGGUUAGCUUGUAUCUCUCCCACCUCCCAUAACUGCUGCUGAGACAUCUAUGUUUGAUAUCAUUUGAUGUCAACCUCCCCUGCAAGCCACAGGCGGGGGGAGCACCUCACCCAAAGCAGCCAGUUUAUUGGCUGGUCAGCAACCUGUGAUUUCUGUAGCUUAAAAAGAUGAGUGGGGCUUAUUGUCUUUUGAACUAAGACAAAAAGGAAAGAAUUUCCAAUUAAGGGUGGGAGCUUCAGCUGAGAGGUUUUGAAGUGAGUUGGCUGUAUUCUUUUGCAAGACCAAUUGUUAAAUUUUCAAGAAUUUUGUGAGUUGUCAAACAGCCAUUUUUAAGAAUUAAGUUGCAUAAUAAUUUAAUAAAAACAAAGAUAAUAAAUACUCAAAACAAAUUAUUUCCUAAUUAUUUGCCCACAUUUUACAAUUAUCUAUGCUUUUGAAUUUCUUUAUAUCUACUAUAUCUGUAUGGUAGAAACACUGUAUAGUGGUUUGCUACUGUGCAUAUCUUCCCAGCUCCCUUUUCACUGUUAUCACAGUUGACUAUGGUGGUAGUUGUUGGCAUUUCCUGAACAUAUCACACUGAUUGUGGGGGCGGGGAGGGAGAAUCAAAGUUGGAGAGGCCAUGAGAAACCAUGUACAAACUAAAAUUAUGGGAGAAGAAACUAUGAGUGAAACGAUGAGAAAAACCUAAUGCAUGAUGUAGAACUGAGUGGUGUUAAUAGCAGAGCACUGGAGGGAAGGGCCACAAAACUCUUCACCCCAAGGUCUAGAAUCAUUCUAGAAUCAUCCUACAAGCCUAGUUUUCAUGAGAUUCAGCCCAUUUUAUUUCUUGCUCUUGGAAUUAUAUGAAAUUACGAAUUUCUGUGUGUUGCCAGCUUUAAUAGAAUACCCUGGAAUUUUAUUUACUUUUAAUUUUGUUUAUUUAUUUAUGCUUAUGUGCCAUCUUCUCAUGAAAAAGAGGCAGUAUGUUAAAAGUUUGAGUUCAGAUUUUCUGGUGUAGAUAAAUAAGCUAAAGAAGGCGGGGAGAAGUGUGAUAUAUGAGAAUUUCCAGAGCAGGGUAUUCGUAACUUGUAAGUAUUUAGUCCAAGUUCCCUCUCCCAACACAUUUUACACUAGAAUAAGAUUGAAAGGCCAGAUGUGGUGGCUCACGCCUGAAAUCACUUUGGGAGGCCAAGGCAAGUGGAUUGCUUGAGUCCAGGAGUUCAAGACCAGCCUGGGCUACAUGGCAGAACCCCAUCUCUACAAAAAAAUACAAUAAAAGGUAACUGGGCAUGGUGGUGUGUGCCUGUAUUCCCAGCUACUUGGGAGGCUAAAGUGGGAGGAUCACUUGAACCCAGGCAGGUCGAGGCUGCAGUGAGCCAUGCUUGUACCUGCAUACUGCCUGGGCAACAGAGUGAAACUGUCUCAAAAAAAAAAAAAAAAAAAAAGACUGAAGGCUGUCUUGAGGAAUGCCACUUAUAAAUACAUUUUUAAAAAUUCAGUAAUAUUUUUCAUGUAUAAACAUUGUGGAGACUAUUGUAGUUGCUUGUACAAUACUGGGGCAUUGGUGAUAUCUGUCUCUUUACUAUUGUAGCUCCUGCCUACGCCUUUAGUACUGCUAAGGUGCAGACUGUAGAUCUGGACUGUCUGUGUCUGUGGCUCACAACCUCAACUUCUCUGCUGCCUUUGAUUUGCUCCCUCUGCAGUUUUGUUUUCUCUGUACUCCGAUUGCUUCUCCCAUGCUUCUCUGCUUUCCAAAGAAAAAACUGACCUUGUGUAGAUCCUGUCAGCUGAUUGCAGUGCUCUUAACUUCUCCAUUGUGAGUUGUUCAGUCUGAGGGGUUAGGUAUAAACCCAGAGUGGUGUUCUCUUUUCUGUUGUGUUUGGUUUUGCUUACAUAUUCAGGAGCUGCUCUUUACCCCCAGAACAUCGGUAUAUAUGUUUUUUUCUGUUUCUAGAUUUAAAAAUAUUCCAGAAGCCUGGCCUCAAGAUAGAUAAUAUUUUACUUUUAAUUUGGUGCCCUUGUUUUAGAGAUUUGAACUGGAUUGCAUUUAGUAAACCAAACCCCAUCUUUAAAAAAUCAUCUUAAAAAAAAAUAGUGGACCGGACAUGAUGGCUCACAUCUGUAAAUCCCAGCACUUUGGGAGACUGAGGUGGGAGGAUUGCUUGAGCCCAGGAGUUUGAGACCAGCCUGGGCAACACAGUGAGACCUUUUGUCUACAGAAAAAAAAAAAAAAAAAAUUAGCCAGGUGUGGUGGCACGUGCCUGUAGUUCCAGCUACUCAGGAGGCUAAGAUAGGAGGAUCACAUGAGCCCAGGAGUUGGAGGCUGCAGUAAAUUAUGAUCGUGCUACUGUACUCCAGCCUGGAUGACAGAGCAAGACCCUAUCUCUAAGAAAAAAAAAAAAGGAAAAAAAAACUGGUUCAAAUUGGAUUUUUCUAUUCUUUCAUAAGAUGAUAAAUGAAAAAAAAAGAAAAUAGAUUUUUGAAAAGCAAAUAAUCUCUUGGAAUUUGUUAUUAAAGUAUAAAAAAUUAUCUAAUUGAGGCAUGUUAAUCCAAUAUUAAAGUAUUAAAGGCUGAGUGUGGUGGCACAGGCUUAUAGUCCCAGCUACUCAUGAGAUUUGAGACCAGGUGAACUGCCUGAGUUCAAGACCAGCCUGAGCAACAUAGUGAGACCCUGUCUCUAAAAACAGGUAAAUAAAAAAAAAAAUUUCCUCUGAUUACAGGAGAUAGGUAGAAAAAAUGUGUUACAGUGCAGAUGAGAAUUUCCUUAGCACUUUUAAUGUGAAGUUUAUUUAGAUUGGGUGGCCAGGGAAAGCAUCCCUGAGGGGGGGACAUGUCCAUUGUGAGUUGAAUGACUGGGAGGAAGGCAUCUGCCCUCUGAAAAUUUUUUACUCAGAGAGAAUUGUAAAACACAAAUAUGAGAACCUGGUUCGAUAUAGGAAUAGAAAGGCUGAUAUGGCUGGCACCAACUAAAUGAGGGGUGAAAGUGAGAGGGAUCAGAUUGAAGAAGUAGACAGGGACCAGUGGGGGUCUGUUAGCCACAGUAAGGGGUUUGGAUUUUAUUUAUUCUUAAUGCCACUGGAAAGUAUAAAGUUGGAGAAUGAUUGGUAUGUAUGUCAAAAAGUCAUUGUUUGUGAUGUGGAAGGAGGGCAAGAGUGGAAGAAGGGAAACCCUUUAGUUUGGAUGAAAAUAAAUGAUGGCUUGGACUUAUAAGAAUAGUGGCAGUGAAAUGAAGUGGAUAGAUUUGAGAUAUGUUUUUAAAGAGGAACUAAAUAAGACUUAACUGAUUGAUUGCAGGUAAGGAAGGGAGAGGACUUCAAGAGAACCUCUAGGUUUUUGCUUUGAGUAACUGGUGGUGGUACUAUUUCCAGGAAUAGGAAAGACAGGAGGUUGGGUGGAGUGAUCAGAUUUUUUGUGUGAAGGAGAUAUAUCUACCACCAAGAUUAUUUUCUUAACUUUUUACUGUACUUGCUUUAUUAUACAUUAACCUAUUCCUCCA